CACUGCAUGUGUCUGAGAGGCAGUCAGAAACAAGAGAGAGCCAGAGAGCAGAGGUGAUCUCACACUCAUCAGCACAGGAUAACACAACCAUGAUGGGUUGACUUGGGGGGGGGGAAGCGGUCGGAGAGAGGAAGUGUGCAUUCGCCCAACACUUGCUCAGCCAUGGAGACCAACAAAGUUCUUCAUUUCGUGCCCUCGGAGGCGCCUCCCUCUGGGAUGUCCAAGAAUGGAUACUUCUUUCAAGAAAUGGAGCAGCGGGAGGCGGAGCAGGAGGAGGGCAGCGAGGGCCGAGAGGAGGGACAGGACUCGCCGAUCGCCUGCGGAGAUGACAUCCACCUCUAUGACAACCAGAUCAGCCCCGGACCAGAUACCGACGACUCCGGUUGUGUGUUGCUGAACACUUCGAGAAAGUAUGUGACGCUGAUGAACUUCGAGGAGGAGAUUCGGGCGCACCGGGACCUGGACGGCUUCUUGGCGAGGGCCAGCAUCCUGCUGGACGAGACGGCCGCCUCCCUGGACGACGUUCUGAAGCGGAUGCUGCACCACGUGGGCCACGACAGCCACACGUCCGAGCCCAGCUGCAACUUCGAGGAUGUGAUGAGCAUGCUUUUCACAGAUGCAGGCGCUCAGGAGGUCAACGACAAGUCUCAAAGUUUCGUUUUCUUUGAUGACGUUCACCUGCUGUCCGAGACGAUCCAGGGGGUGACGGCCACCGCCACCGGGGUCCAGUACCAGCAGUCCUGGCUCUGCAUCCUAUGCAACGUGAAGCAUCUCCAGAGGCGUCACGUGUGCAUCUCCCGCCUGGAGAGGCCUCAGAACUGGGGAGAGAACUGCUGCGAGGUCCGCUAUGUCAUCUUGAUACUGGCCCCACUCAAAAUGAAAAGCACCAAGACGGCGAUGGAGCUGGGCAGGACGUUCGCCACCCUCUUCUCCGACAUCUCCUUCAGGCAGAAGCUGCUCGAGACCAAGACGCAGGAGGAGUUCAAGGAGGCGCUGGUGUUCCAGAGGCACCAGCUGACGGCGGUCAACCAGCAGCCCACCGCUCUGGGGAAGGAGGAGACCGACCCCCGCAGUCACAAACCCCUCAAGUGUCAGGAUUUCUUCAAAGCCGGCCGGGGGAUUUACGAGGACCUGUGCCGCCGACUGCCUUUCUACCCCUCUGACUUCACAGAUGGUAUAGUUGGCAGUAACAAAACCCUGCUGAAGUACAUGACCACAGCCAUCUUCCUCUACAUCGCCAUCCUCCUGCCCGCCAUCGCGUUCGGCUCGCUGAACGACGAGAGCACGCGUGGCGAGAUCGACGUUCGGAAGACCAUCAUCGGCCAGAGCAUCGGUGGGGUCAUCUACUCGCUGUUCGCCGGCUCUCCCCUCGUCAUCCCCCUGACCACGGCUCCCCUCGCCAUCUUCAUCAGCGUGAUCCGAGGAAUCUGCGACGACUACAACCUGGACUUCCCGGCGUUCUACGCCUGCAUCGGCCUGUGGAAUUGCCUCUUCCUCAUCCUGGGAGGGAUAUUUAACGUCAGCCUGCUCAUGAAGCUCUUCAAAAGGUCGACGGAGGAAGUCAUCGCUCUGUUCAUUUCCAUUGCGUUUGUGGUGGACGCAGUGAAAGGCACCGUGAAGAUCUUUCAAAGAUAUUACAACGCUCCCACGCUGACCAACAGAAGCAUCGAGAUCUUCCCGCAGGCCGGAGACCUGUUGGGAGGAAACCGGAGCGGGGUGGCGGCGGGGCUGGCGCUCAACGCCCUCCCUGAAUCCGUCAUCCACUGCAGUCGGGAGAGACCUGUCCUCUGCCUCCUGCUGAUGCUCGGGACGUUAUGGAUGGGUUACACCCUCUACCAGUUCAAACGGAGUCCGUUCCUGCAUGCCAAGAUGAGGGAGGUGCUGUCGGACUGCGCCCUGCCGAUCUCCGUGCUCAUGUUCUCCUUCAUCGGCUCCUACGUUUUCAGUGACAUUGAGCUUCCCGUGUUUAAAGUUCACGACCGGCCCAUUUUCAAGGUGGCUCCGUUUGAGCGUCUGUCGCCCAUGAACGUUUUGAGCGCCAUGGGCCUCGGCUUCCUGCUCGCCCUCCUCAUCUUCAUCGACCAGAACAUCGUGGUCUCGCUGACCAACGCACCGGAGAACAGGUUGCUGAAGGGCACGGCGUAUCACUGGGACCUGAUGCUCUCCGGGCUCAUUAACAUACUGAUGUCGGUGCUGGGGUUGCCCUGGAUGCACGCCGCCUUCCCCCACUCCACCCUCCAUGUGCGCCAGCUGGCGUUCGUGGAGCAGCGCGUGGAGGGGGGGCACCUCUACGAGACUAUUGUCCAGGUGAAGGAGACCCGGCUGACGUCCCUGGCUGCCAACAUCUUCAUCGGCGUGUCGGUGCUGCUGCUGCCCAUCCCGCUGCAGUGGAUCCCCAAACCCGUCCUGUACGGCCUCUUCCUGUACAUCGCCCUCACCUCCAUCGACGGGAACCAGAUGUGUGACCGCAUGGCGCUACUCCUCAAGGAGCAGACGUCUUACCCGCCCACCCACUACAUCCGCAAAGUGCCCCAGAGGAAGAUCCACUACUUCACCUUCCUGCAGAUGAUGCAGCUGCUGGUGCUGUGCACGUUUGGCAUGUACCCGAUACCGUACAUGAAGAUGAUCUUCCCUCUGCUCAUGAUCCUGCUAAUCCCAAUCAGGAACAACGUGCUUCCUCGUAUCAUUGAGGCCAAGUACUUGGACAUAAUGGACGCCCAACACAUGUAGCGACCGACGGGAACACGCUCCGACACCACAAGCUGACAUCUGGAAAAUUAAAGGAGAAUAAAAAAAAAUUUAAAAAACAGAUUUAAAGGAUUUAAAAAAAGAAAAAAGCAUAUUUUUCAAUGCAAAACUGUACGGAAGCAAAAAGGAGAAAAAACCCCGACUGUUUUGAUUUUUGUAUCUGAUAAGAACAGGUGAAGCACUGGAAACGUGGGAAGUCGUGUGAGGGAGAGAGAGAGAGAGAGAGAGAGAGAGAGAGAGAGAGAGAGAGAGAGAGAGAGAGAGAGACGAGAGCCGUGGGAAACGUUUUCCAUGAACGUGGACAGACAGAGUCUCUCUGAGGGGACAAGGUCCUGCUGUUAGAACCAGGACUGUCCAGAAUCCCCUGUUUCACCUGCGUUUGACCCUGUCAGACAUACCUCCGUGUUCUCCUCCUCCUCCUCACACUCCUUUACUUUCCAACACUUUACAUUCUCCUCACUGCAGUGUGUGUACCCGUGUUUGAACCUGUGGGUAAGUGCUUCAAGUACUUACUAAUGCUGUGUAAGUUAUCCAGCCUCUGCCGGUCGUGUAGGACGUAGAAAUGUGUGACGGCACGAUGUAAGAAGGAAGGAUCUCUCCCUCACACUGUGGUUUUACAAACCUUUUACUUACUUACACUGUGUUGAUAAGUAUUUAAACACUUUUCCAUGUGUGAAAUAACUGGUAGGAACUCUGCGUUUAGGCCAAUGUGAAGUAAAUCUUUACCCUUUUUUUGUAUUUCUGUCAUUGUGCGACGUUCCAACCUUUGUUCGGUGUAGUUUUCCCAUUUGUUCCGGACGUGUUUAGUUUUUAAGUCAUUCCAACAAAUGCCAGUGUUCAUUAAGCAGAGGAGAAAGGUGUGUGUGUGUGUGUGUGUGUGUGUGUGUGUGUGUGUGUGUGUGUGUGUGUGUGUGUGUGUGUGUUGUGUGUGUGUGUUGUGUGUGUGUGUCAUGGGCACCAAUCCGUCUCUAACCUCGCUUCCUGCCAGCUCUUUAGAAAACCUAAUUUUUAAGGUGGAAUUUAAGUGCUCAGCUGACUAGAAUAUACAUUCCACAGAUAUAUAUAUAUAUAAAAUAAAAUAUAUAUAAUAAAUGUAAUUAUAUAGAACGACAGCACAAGCCAAAACAUAUAGUGAAAUCUUUAUCAAAUUAUUAAAGUAUUAGAAUAUAUUAAGGCAAUAUACAAAAAAAAGAAAAAUAUUUUAGGUUAAAUUGAAAUAGAAUAUUUAUUUAUCACAAAGACAGUUUUAUCUUUUAAGUACAAAAUGAUAGUUUGUGUGCGUUGACCCUGAAGCGUGUUCGGUCAUUCUGUGUUUCCUCCUUCACAUUCCACACUUGACGUGUUUUAUGUGUCAUGUCUUUGCUGCAGUGUUUACAUAUCAAAGUCCAGCUCCAACCGUUCUGGUGCAUUGCUCGUAAAGAGUCAGGUUAAAGGUUAAAAAAAAGAAAACUAAAAUAAGCGUUUGCGGGCUUUGGAUCCAACGAAAUGCAUCCCAGGGUUUUUUCUUUUUUCUUUUAGUGACGAGUUUUAGAAUAAUCCGGUCUUGUUUUCUGUUUAGAUGUUAUGAUUAGAUCAAUGCUUGCGAAACAUUGUCAUGUAAUAAUCCAGACGUCUGGACCUUGUUAUCUACAGAACAAAAAUAUAAAUAAAAAAAAAAAAAUUACCUUUUCUAAGCAGCGGUUUGCUUACAGCAUGUCUUAUCUGGGUUGUUUUGAUACGAUGUGAUGCCAAUGGACAUGUAACCUACACAAGAAGAAGAAAAAAAAAGUCAAACCGUAACUUCUCAAUAAACUGAAUGCAACGCUCAAUAUUCAGCAAUACUGUGUAUAAAAACAGAGCUUCAGCGGGGAAGCAGCAACAGGCCGGCUGUGUUUUUACCACAGCAACUUUUCAGUCCAUCCUCGCCAACUCUGUGCAUCGGUCAAUUACUGCACAGAGGAGCUAAAACAAAAGAAGAAAAAGUGUUUGCCUGUCGCAUCCACGGAUUUUCCUGCGGUUUCGUUGCUUUUCCCAAUAUCCAAAUGGCAGCUCCCUCACGCAGCUCUGUUCAACUUUGUCUUACAGACGUGAGAAAGAUGUCCGAUUUAAGCAGAUGUCUCGCGCCGAGAUAGCGUGAAAGGGAAAGCUUCGGCGGGCAUUUGCAUAAUCCGUGGCCUAAGCCUUAAGACAGCACUGGUGAGGGAAGAGAGAGAGAGAGAGAGAGACUGUGAGUUAUGAAGUAAUAUGUACAGUUUGCAAUGCAAAGUUUAGUUUUUAUCAACUAUCCAUUAUAAUCCCAGGCAAAGUGUUGGUUUCCAGCUUCGGGCCGAGAGGUGAAACCAUCCUUCGUUACGUGACAGUAUUGAUGUUGUUCCUUGAUAUCUUCUCUGUACUGAUGAGUUUUGGAAUAGCAGCACAUUUCUCUCAGAGGUCCUAACGUUGGGUUCAGAGUGAACGCCUCUGUUCUCCUCCUCCUCCUCCUCCUCCUCCUCCUCCCGAUUGGAUCUGUUUAAAAAUUGCGUAACGUGGUGUUUAUUUUAUUCUCUUUCUCCCUGAUUUCAUAUAGCCUACUUUUUCUAUUCAUGAAUGUAAGAUGUGUGGAUUUUUAUAUAGCAUAACUAAUUUAGGUGUCAAACAGAAUCUGUAAUUUUGUCAAAAAGAUCAGCUAUAUUUGUAAGCUGUAAUAUGUAAAAAGGAGAAAAAAAUGGUUAUCAAACAAAAUGUGUUGGUUUACUAUAGUAUAUAUAUACUGUACACUGAAAAGAGAGACUAUCUCAAGCUGUUUGCCAAAUAAAAAAGUAGUAGUGAUGUAAA